UGCCAUGUUUGAGGCUGGUGCAGUGCCAGUACAUGGGUGUUAGUGGCGCUGCCUCUGGUCAUUCUUACCGGGGUGUACUUUAUUAUGAUGUGGCCGGUGUAACAGGUGACAGCACCCGCCUGCCCCACAGUAACAGCAUGUGCAGCACUGGAGACCUGUGAGCUGUAGAUAGGCGGCGCUGUAGAGCAGAGUGGUCACCGGUACAGCGACUACUGCACGUAGGUAGCGCAAUAUAGAAAGCGGCAUUGUGUGAACAUGGGCUGUAACCUGCGGCUGGAGAUCAGGAGGAGCAUGCAGAGCGCCAUUCUUAUUUUGAGUGGCCUGGAAGGCAAAAGAUUUCCAAUUGACAUUUCGGUGAACCAGUCGUCCUUACAAAUCCAGUCUCCUGAUAACAGUGAGGAGUACCUUUUACCCAAGGAGGUCAAGCUGGUUCCCUCCACAUGCAGAUACGUAGAGCACGUCUCUGGGGAAGGACUGCAUAUGCGGCUAAAGGCCCAGGCUGUGGGCUCUGCAGAAUUUACCCCAACUGUUAAAGAACUCCUGAAAACGGAAGAGAAAGUCACAUUUUACUGCCAGUCCUGUGGAGCUGUGCUUCUCCAGCAACAGAAAUUUCUCCGAGUACUUCCUCUGCCCAGUGAAAACUGGAGUUCUCUGGUUGAAGAAUGGUGCUGCCACCCUGACCCGUUUGCCAAUCGAAGCUGCCUGCCCAAGGUUAACGACUGCUUUCUGGGAGACACGUUCCUUUUGGUGAAUAAGGCAAAUAUUUCAGACCCCUCUAGAGAGACUAAUGAGAUGUCAUCUGUUCCUCAUCCCGUUGAUGCAAACAUCUCAAAAUCAAAGGAAAAUACCAAAGUCGUUUGCAAGCGGUGCAAAGCAAUACUGGGAGAGAUGGUGUCAUCAGAUGCUGUCAAGUAUUACAUUACUGAAGUGGUGAUUCAGCCAUUUUCUCAACCAUACAACAUGAUUUCAAGGAAGCAGUUUGUGGAAAGCGUAAUUGUCCGACUUCUCGUGGAGUUAUCGGCCUCCAGAAGCACCUUCAGGUUCUGCAUUCAAGGACAAGAUGGCAAGCUGUUCCUACUGCUUUGGCUGUUGAACGUUGACACGGUGUUAGUGGAACUAAUAAAAUCUGGACGUGUCGAUUCCUGCUUUUUCUCUGGAAGUCCAUCUCCUGAUUCAAAAAACACUCCAGAAGUUCAGAAUGUUGCAAGGGUCCUAUACAUGCCAUGUGUUGACAACACCAACACAGAGCUUGUCGAUAAAUGGAUGAAUGAAACUGGAGCCCAUUCUCUUACAUUCCCACUCAGUACUUGCCUGGAACUCAUCUUGCUGCUCUCCCUCAACAAUACAGCUUUGCCUCAUUCUUUGCGUUUCAUGAACAACUGGAAGGUAGCCUACUUGAAGAUAUGAGGACCUAAUCUCUAAGCCCUUGUGUUUCUUAUAAUUGGAUACUGCUCUUCUCCAGUAAACAACAAAUGCGAAUGAAUAUACAUGACCAAGAAGACAAAUGUCAGUUGUCACAUAAUGUGAGAUACAGAUGAAGGUCGGCUAUCCCCGUUAUAAGCAUAGGGUAGAGAAGUCUGUAUUUUGGCUAGAAUUCAGUGGAGAAUUUGGACAACCUUUAAAAAGAAAUGCCAUUCCCCUGGGAUCCCAUUAUCCAAAUCCCAACAUGUACCAGGUCCUACUAGGCUUACAUCCAGCAGUGUUGUAUCUCUUUAAGAUGAUUUUUUUUUAUGUAGUGGAAAAUAACUGUUUUAAUCAAAUCUUGGAAUAAUUUAUAUUUGUAGUUUUCGUCCCUCUUUACUUGUCAUAUUUGCCUAUCAAUGAUUAAUCUAUAUGACACACAAACAAGGCUCCUCGAAAGAAAGACUGAUUGCAUAAUACCUAUUAUUGAAUGUGACAAUUACUCAAAUAUAUAUUCUUCAAUUGUACAAGAUAAAGGUGGCUCUUCUAAUGUAGAACAGGUAUUUUGCUAAUUUUAACACAUUCAAUAUAAGCCUGAUUCCUGUUAAAGGGGUAGUCCUGUUUCAGAAGAAAACUGAACAGCACCUGUGAUCCACCUGCAGUAAAGAAUAGAUGAUUACUUACCCUCUGCUCCAGUUCUCCCAGCAGUUCUUCAACAACAUGUGACCACCUCUGCCGAGGUUCAGCCAUCACUGAACUGACCAGGCAGGAGUCAGUAUUCCAGUCUAUAAGUGGUCAGGAAUUAACAUAUUUCUCACAGAAUGGCCACCUAUAAAACAUACCCUUUAUUAUAUUGCUAUUAAAAUGAAAGUCUCCU